AUGGUCAAACGCGCCAAAUCGCCCGACGCAACGGACGAUGUUCGAUAUAUGACGGUGUAUCAGCCCUACCCGAUGAACGCCAACUGGGAGCUUCCCAGCGACGUUAUCGCCUUUGCGUUUUGGAUCGCAGGGUGUAUUGGCGUCGAGCCACUGUUGGGGUUACACUACAAGCCCAAGGCGAGUCGUCUGCUUUGUAGAGCGGAAGAGGGAUACUGA